GUUUCCUACAGAUGGAUCCAGUAAUGGGAACCCACCAGAGAGAUGUCCCCGUCCUCUGUAUUCCCGGGACUACACACAGGAAGAUAAGUUCAUAGAUUAGCCAUUGGUAAUGACUGUGUUACUCAGAUUGCUUCGUGUCUCACCAAGGUUGAAGACAUAAUUGUUAUUAAGGCUGAAGUGUUGGAGGAAGCAGAAGACCUGAUGUGUGAGGAACCAUAUAGGGAGGAGGUAAUCCUUCCAAAGAUCAGCACAGAUCCCGGAGACUUCAGAACCUCUCCGAGAGACAUCACAGUUGAGAAGGAAGGACAUGGAAAGAUUAUGGAAGAUGAAGUUCCUGUAGAGAUCAACACAGAUGGGCGAUACAGAAGGUAUGAAACGGAAGAUUGUCCAGUUGAUUCUCCAAACAAUGUAAUAGACACCACAGCAGAUCCUUUAAGAGAAAACCCCACCAUCCCAGAUCUUCAAGCAGUACCUCAUAUGGCAGACCUGUCAUCUAAUCUCUCUACCCUUGCGGGGACUGUUAGGGAUCACUUGUAUCCAAGGACUUAUGAAGUCCAUUUAUCCAAUGAACCGUUCUCUUGCUACGUAUCUAGUAACUGUUGUAGCCACAGAUCAAAGCACAUCUCCCAACCCAAAUCUGACAUACGAUCCCCAUGCUCCGAAUGCGGUAAAUCCUUCGGCCAAGGCUCCAGCUUCGCCCGCCUUGCCGUAACAAAGACCUAUCCCUGUUCCGAGUGCGGCCGAUGCUUUUCGCAGAAGUCAAACCUCCUCAGGCAUCUAAGGUUUCACACGGUGGACAAGCCGUACAUGUGCUCUGCUUGCAGCCGGUGCUUUUCUCAAAAGUCGGAUCUCCUCCGGCACCAGAGGAUUCAUACAGGAGAAAAGCCGUAUUCGUGUCUGGUCUGUGGGCGGGGCUUUGCACAAAAGUCAAACCUCCUUCGACACCAUCGGAGUCACUCCGGAGAAAGACCGUUUUCCUGCUUGGAGUGCGGAAAGUGUUUCGCAAAGAAACAGGAUCUCGUUUCCCAUCAGAUAAAACAUGCAAAAUAGACAUAAGGCAAUUUAUAAAGCCGAGUGCAACGUGCAAUAAGUUGAGGCAAGUUAGCCAUAAGCUCAAAGGUCUGACUCGGGAUUAGCACUGUGGCCGUUUAAAAGAUGAUGUUGGCUUGGAUUUAAAGGAAUUUUUUGUAUUGAAAAGCCUGUGGUGUGCAAAACACACCCAAAAAACUCCACCCGG